CAAGACUAUAAAAGAAGCCCAGAGGGAAAGCCGUGCCAUUGGAAGGUGGCACUGCAACCGAGAUGGCACUCCGACUCGCCCUGGUGCUGCUCCUGAGGGCGCUGCUCGUGCAGUCUGAUGGACAUGAAAUCAUUGAGCCCGACCUUUCGAACGAGGGCAACGACAUCUACCUGACCCCCGAGCAGACAGAGGCGCUCAACCAGACGGCGAGGGAGACGGCGGGGAACGUAAAGGCUUAUGCUGAUGAAAUGAAACAGAUAAUCAUCGACCCAGACCAUAUUGACGAGGGAAAUGACAUCAUGCUGACAGCCAAUCAGUCAGCGGCGUUGAACUUGGAGAGAACACUUCAGGAGGAGGAGAUUGUGGAAAUCGAUGACCUCCUGCUGACCGGCGAGCAGGUAGCGGCCAUCACAAGCAGGAAAGCAGUGAGCAAUAUUGCAAAGCACUGGCCUGACCAAAACGGUUUCCCUCACGUGCCAUACACUUAUGAGGACACCUUGGUGAACAGGACAGCAGUUGAGUUAGCCAUACAGCAUUGGAGAGACAACACUUGCAUUACGUUUACCGAAGUUCCCAGCACCUCAACGGAGCCACGUUUUCGAUUUACCCGCCAUGCCAGCGCUUGCAAUUCAUUUGUUGGCUACAUUAAUAGAGCCGAAGGCCAGGUCAUCAACGUGCCAGAAUGGUGUGAAGAAUCGUUUGGCAGCCUGGUUCACGAAAUCGGCCACGGCAUAGGCUUCUGGCACGAGCAGUCGAGGUCAGACCGGGACACCUACGUCGGUAUCCUCACGCAUAAUAUUCGGGCGGCGGCGCUGGGCAACUUCGACCUAUCGGUGGACAACCCUUGGGGCGUCCCUUACGAUUACAAGUCGGACAUGCAUUACAGCGGGAAGGGAUUUACCAAGAACGGCUUGAACACCAUCGUGACCAAAGACCCGCGGUACCAGAGCGUGAUAGGUCAGCGUACCGGCCUCUCUCACAUGGACAAGCUCCUGGCCAACACUAUGUACGGCUGCACGGAAAAACUUCUCAGCGUGUGUUCGUUAACUGCAGACCCUUGCCAGAACUACGGUUACCUGGGGAAAGACUGCAACUGCGUGUGUCCUGAAGGAACGUCUGGCAGCAACUGUGAAUCCCUUGAUACACCUUACAACGACGUUGGCUUGUCACCAAAUACCGAAAUCAUCACGGCGCCAACAACCAUCACGACAGAGGGGUACCCGAGUGAUUUUCCUUUGUACUCAGACUUCGUCAAGUGGAUUAAAGCACCGGCAUGUAAGCUUAUAAAAAUCACCUUCACGGACUUCGAACUUUAUAAGGAAACAACCAGAACUAUCGAUGGAGUGAGUGUGACUGCUUGCUGGUAUGACUUCAUGGAGAUCCGGACGAGCAACAUGCUGGAGGGAGAAUGGUUCUGCGGGACGAGCAUCGCCGCCGGCCGGGAAUUCACCUCAACGGGAAACGAGGCUGUUAUUUACUUCCAAGCGAGAACUAACUUCAACAGAGGAUUCUCGGCCGAUGUCACUUUCAUAGAUAACCCGUCAUGUACGACUACAAGCACAAGCACAUCCACAACUACAAGCACAACAGAAAGCACAAGUACUUCCACAACCACUACAUCAACAAGCACAACAUCUACAACCACAACUACAACAUCGACAAGCACAACGACAACGUCUACAAGCACAACUACAACUACAACAUCAACAAGCACAACGACAACGUCUACAAGCACAACUACAACUACAACAUCAACAAGCACAACGACAACGUCUACAAGCACAACUACAACUACAACAACAAGCACAACGACAACAAGCAUAAUGACAACUACCUCAUCCGAGUCGUCAUGGGAUCCAUGUGUGCGUUAUAUGCAAGAUGGAUACCUCUAUCUUACUUCGCCGAAUUUUCCAUCAAAUUAUCCUAAUAAUGUGAUAUGUACGCUGGCGAAUAUUACGGAUGAACUUGGGCUGACCAUCGUAGACAUUAAGAUGCUAAGGCUGUUCCUUGGCGACCUCUUGACAUUCGAGAAUCCUUACACCGCACCACGGAGAAUGCUCUUCCGUUUCCGGCCGAGUACGGUCGUCAUCCCCAGCGCACAGUUCCUGGCAACGUUCACUUCCAACUCGAGGUUCACGUGGCGAGGCUUCAAUCUCCGGCUUCAAGUGAAAAGCGACACGGGCUGCCACCAGAAACUUUCAGCGACCAACGGAGGCGUCAUCACAUCUCCCGGAUUCCCUAACGCACAUCCUCGCGGAACUUACUGCGAAUGGCACAUCACUGCAUCGGAGGGGAAAAAGGUCCUGAUCGACGUGACGCAUCUAAGGAUUCGGUUCUCCAACUUCCUGGCUGUGAAUCCCACUACCGAGCUCUAUUACCGUCGUGACAGCGUGAUUUACCUGCCGAAUCGCUGGGCUUCGCGGCAGAUCGUCUCGUCUUCGAACCUCAUGAGGAUCUUCUUCGCGGGGAAAUACGGAUCACGUGGAUUCAGGAUUGAGUACAGCGAGGUCGAAGACAUAUAAGGAUCAGGGGAGAGGAAAAACAAAAGAGGAUCUGAGGAAACGGAAAAUAAAGAAGGAGCAGAAGAAAGGGAAGAGAAAUGAGAGAGAAAACAAGAAAAAGAAAAUGAAAAAUAAUAAGGUUAAUUGAUGUUCGGUUUCAUGGCCUCUAAAGAUCCAUACCGCAGACCACAACAUCUAUUUUAUUUAUUAAUGUUUCUAUUAUAUAUAUAUAUAUGUUUUUUUUUUUUGGGGGGGGGGGGAUAGGGAAUGCACCUGCUUGUAUAUGAAUUUAUUUUUAUCUUUUCCUUCGUAUUCCGUGCUUCUUCAUUUCCCAUUUUCUAAUCUCUCAUCCACCCAAGUAUUCAGAUCCAGAUCCAAAAUAAACAGACUGAGCAAUA